GGGCAGCGGUCACCGGCGGCCAUGGGCGCUUCCGGCGCGCUGCAUUGUGGGGCCGUGACGAGGAUGGGAGCGGGACGUGUCCGCGCAUGCGCGAUCGCCACCGCUCUGAGCUCCUUCCUGGUGUUGGGAACAACAGAAAUGACUAACCAGGAAGAAGCGGAGAUGCAGGUUUCAGAGUUAGAGUUACUGUCUAGCAUGUUUCCAUAUGAGGAGGAGUUUGCUGUGACAGACCAGCUGGCUCUAGCUGAACUGAAACACUAUGCUGAAAAUGAGUCUGCAGAGGUGCCGUCUUCGAAAGUUCAGUUUAUACUGAAUGUAAAGGCUGAGGUCCCUAAUGCCUCUGUGGUGGAAUUCUCUAUGGCCUGUGCUUUACCAUUUAAAUAUCCGACUGUUCCACCAGAAAUUACUGUGAGGUCGCCGUUAUUGAGCCGCUCUCAACAGAUUCACCUGAACUCUGAUCUAAAAACAUACUUGAUGCAAAACUGCAGUGGUGAGCCCUGCAUGCUGAGUGCAAGGCAGUGGGUUAAAGACUACGCAGCUGCUUACAUUGACAAAGAGCUUUCGUCUUCCUCUGUGACAGCUGCAGGUGCCGUGCAGGCAGAAGUCACCACCUUCACUCGGUUGUGGAUCUAUAGUCAUCACAUCUACAACAAGCAAAAAAGGAAGAAUAUUAUUGACUGGGCCAAGGAGCUUUCUCUUUCAGGAUUUUGCAUGCCAGGGAAACCAGGUGUCGUUUGCGUAGAAGGUUUACAAAGUAGUUGUGAAGAAUUCUGGUCGAGAGUAAGAAGACUAACGUGGAAAAGAAUUCUCAUUCGGCACAGAGAAGAUGUUUCUUUGGAAGGUGGAGGACAUGCUGAGAUUCAGAGCCAACGGAAGUUUUCCACUUUGGAAGAGAAAUGUUUUGAUGCACAUGGUGCCAGGGGAAAUCAUAUGGAUUUGGGGCAACUAUAUCAUUUUUUAGAAGAAAAAGGAUGUGCUGACAUUUUUCAAAUGUACUUUGGGGUUGAAGGACAUUGAAGGGUUUGAAGAUCAGCACAGGCCCCAGCAGUUAUGAUUGGAAUUUAAUCCUCAUGACAGCUUCCUUAACUGUUCUGCAACAGUUGAUCAGAGAGGGAAUUAAUAAUUCAAGAUUUACGUGAUUAAUACAGUUUUCAAUGAAAACAAAUAUCCAGUGAAAUCCCGAAUAAUGAAAAUGACUAUAUGAAUACGUU